AAGACAAUGUCCAACCAAACCACCGUGACUGAAUUUCUUCUCCUGGGAUUCUCUGACAUUCAGGAGCUGCAGAUUUUACACUUUGUGGUGUUUCUACUGCUUUACCUAAUAUCCCUGCUCGGGAACCUUCUCAUCAUCACAGCCAUAGCCCUUGACCACCACCUUCACAUCCCCAUGUAUUUCUUCCUGAUGAAUCUGUCUAUCCUAGACCUCGGCUCCAUCUCUGUCACCAUCCCCAAAUCCAUGGCCAAUUCCCUCAUGAACACCAGAUCAAUUUCGUAUUCUGGAUGUGUCACUCAAAUUUUUCUAGUUGUUGUCUUUGUUUCAGCAGGUUUUGCCAUACUGACUGUCAUGGUAUAUGACCGAUAUGUCGCCAUCUGCCAACCACUGCACUAUGAGAUCGUGAUGAACAGGAGAGCUUGUGUCCAAAUGGCAGCCAGUGCCUGGAUCAGUGGUAUUCUCUACUCUGCACUGCACACAAGGAACACGUUUGCAAUGUCUUUCUGUGGAGAAAACAUGGUGGAUCAGUUCUUCUGUGAAAUCCCCCAGAUACUCAAGUUCGCCUGCUCUGACUCAUAUCGCUUUGAAGUCGGGUUUCUUAUCUUUAGUAUGUGCUUAGCCUCCAGCUGCUUUGUUUCCGUAAUUGUGUCAUAUGUUCAGAUCUUCAAAGCAGUGCUGAGAAUCCCUUCUAAGCAGGGCCGGCAUAAAGCCUUCUCCACCUGCCUCCCUCACCUUUUUGUAGUCUUGUUGUUCCUCUGUACUUCUGCCUUUGCCUACCUGAAACCCACCUCCAGCUCAACAUCAGUUCUGAAUCUCAUAGUGGCUGUUCUCUAUUCCGUGUUGCCACCCAUGAUGAAUCCGAUUAUCUACAGCAUGAGAAACAAAGAGAUCAAAGAUGCUUUGAGUAAAUGGAUAGGUUGGAGGUUAUUCACUAAGAACAAAAUGUCCAUAUUUCUCCUUUGA